GAGUGCAAGAGGAGCAGGGAAUUACACAUAAAAACAGCAGAACCAGAACACCCUCCCCUGGACACACCCUGCUGAGGAUCACUGCUUCUCUUUUUUCUGAACCAUCGCCCACGCCACUCGGAGAGAACACUCUCCCUCAUCAUCAUCCAGUAGAAAACCCCUUUCUCCUCAUUUUCAUCCUAUAGAGGACACCUACAAUCUCAGUGGGCUGAGAUUCCCUGGCAAAGAUUGUAUUUUUUUCCUUUUUUUCUUUUUUUUCUUUUCAUUUGGACUCCUGGCAGAAGGGCCAUAUAAUACACAAAAAGGCCAAAGAACACAUUAAGACUCAGCAUCCAGCUUCAAGACCAGUGGAAGGAAGGACCUAGAAUUCUUUCAUUGUACGUCAAGAAUGGUUACUCAGAUAAUCAGCACCAUGGAAACCCAGGUGUCCAACGGUCCAAGCGGAACCAGUCUGCCCAACGGUCCAGUCAUUAGCACCAAUGGCUCCACAGACGACAGCAAAACCAACCUGAUCGUCAACUAUCUGCCUCAGAACAUGACCCAGGAAGAGUUCAAAAGUUUGUUUGGCAGCAUUGGAGAGAUCGAGUCCUGCAAGCUGGUCAGAGACAAGAUAACAGGGGGUCUUUCUUUGUCUCCAGGUCAGAGUUUGGGAUAUGGUUUCGUAAACUAUGUGGAUCCAAACGAUGCAGAUAAGGCCAUCAACACACUGAAUGGUCUCAAGCUGCAGACUAAAACAAUCAAGGUGUCAUAUGCCCGGCCAAGCUCGGCUUCCAUCCGUGAUGCCAACCUUUACGUGAGUGGACUCCCCAAAACCAUGAACCAGAAGGACAUGGAGCAGCUGUUCUCCCAAUACGGUCGCAUCAUCACAUCCCGUAUCCUAGUGGACCAAGUCACAGCAGGCAUAUCACGAGGAGUGGGCUUCAUCCGGUUUGAUAAGCGCAAUGAGGCAGAGGAGGCCAUCAAAGGUCUGAACGGACAGAAGCCUUUGGGGGCCGCGGAGCCCAUCACUGUCAAGUUUGCCAACAACCCCAGCCAGAAGACAGGCCAGGCCUUACUGACUCAGCUGUACCAGACCGCUGCCCGCCGCUACACAGGGCCGCUGCACCACCAGACUCAGCGUUUCAGCAUGAUCCCUUCACUUGGAAAGGGACCAGAUCCAAAUAACAGCUCAAAACCAAUACUCGACAAUUUACUAAACGCCAGCUACGGAGUCAAGAGCUCUCCUACUCUCUUCCCCAGAUUCUCCCCCAUCACCAUUGACAGCAUGACCAGCCUUGCGGGCGUCAACCUUACCGGUCCAACUGGAGCCGGCUGGUGCAUCUUUGUGUACAACCUGUCCCCAGAGGCGGACGAGAGCGUCCUGUGGCAGCUCUUUGGGCCAUUCGGCGCAGUCACCAAUGUCAAGGUCAUCCGUGACUUCACCACCAACAAAUGUAAGGGCUUUGGCUUCGUCACCAUGACCAACUACGAUGAAGCUGCCAUGGCUAUCGCUAGCCUUAAUGGCUACCGCCUUGGCGACCGCGUGCUGCAGGUUUCCUUCAAGACCAGCAAGCAGCACAAGGCCUGAGAGAGAGGCUGCGGGCACCAAGCUCCUUCGACCUGCAGGGAGCCCCCUGAGCUCCCUGUGACAUCACUCUACAUGGGCCUGGACUGAGUCUCUCUCUGACACAUUCACACACAAAUCCAUAAUAUAUUAUCACAAACACAGACAUGCAGAUACAGGCAUACACGCACAGACAUAACCAAACAUAUCCAUACGCGCAAGCAUACACAAGUCAGAGUAUCAAACAAACACACUAGUGGAGUUUUUCUUUUCUCUUUACACAACAUGCUAGUCCUUCCCUAUAUUUGCCUGGAUUGAAUUAGAAGGGGUACGUAGCUGGUUUGUUGGGUAGGAGCAAGAGCUAUCUAUUUAGGAGACAGUCUAACGAAUGUGACAGAGAAUGUGUACUGAGUGCUUUGAUUGAAUUCAGGCAAAUAAUGACAACUGAUGAACAAAACGAUCAAAAAUUUAAAAUGAACAAAUAUGUGCAAUUUACCCAAACUCUUACCCCACCAUCUCUCCUAUUAUCUUGCUGGAGAGGAUGUAGUCACUUUUUUUACACUUGGGCAUUUUGAAUCAGCGAUUUUUUUAGAUCAAAGAAAAUGAAAUUAAAAAACAGUGUUCUCUUAUAUACGUCUAUUAAAAAUAUAACUAUAUAUUCAAUAUUUAAGGUGGUUAUAAUAGCCGAGUAUGUAAGCAUUUUCUAGAAACGUUGACUACUGUUUCCUGACCUGCAUUAGGUGGUGCCUAGCGUAAAGGCAGUUCCUCUACCAUAUGUGAGCUGAUUAGCUCAGACCCAAUAAGAUUUAGGCUAACCAAUGAAAACUGGUCACAGAAAAGAGUAGUCCGAAAGCCAUCAGAAUGCCUCUUUCCCUCACAGUCUCACACCAAACAACAUUAAUAGUACACUUCUGUAUCACUGAAACACAGUUCAAUAACUAGAAGAUAUAUUAAGUAAAACAUAGCAAACGUUCCUGGAUUGAUCUUCUAAUCUAUCCUUAGGAUGGGUUCAACACAAGCAGACUGUCUGUGAACUUAGAGCAGAGUGGCAGUGCUCCCAUGGUGACAGUGUUCAUUAGUAAAUCUCUAGUGGGCGAGAGUGCGACGAGUACAAGGGGAAAACCGUCUCAUCAUAACACAGCCACGUCAGAGGAAUAUACCGGUGUUUUUUCACUUUUUGCAAAGAAAUGUAUUACACCUCAGCACAUUAACGACAGGCCUUUUUACUCUGGAUGGAAUUGUCAGCCAUGAUUUGGUGCGAUAUCCCUUUAACACAAAGGCCAUCUUUCGUCACGAGAACAAAGCAAACAAGACAUCCAAAUUAUAAUGUUCUUGCUUUGAUUAUGAAAGUUACAGCAAGACAGGACUUCAAGGCUUUAGAUUAAUAACUAUAAAUGGAGGCAGGAAUUUGAUAGUUUGAAUGGGAUUAAGACCCAAGAAGCAGCUACAAGUAACUCAGAAGAAAAUGUCAAACAAUACACCCCAUUGACUGAACAAUGGUCUAUGCUACUCUGCAGAGAUAUAACACACAUGAGCAAAAACUCAAGAGCACCGGUAUUAUUCUUCAGUCUAGUGCACAGAUAGAAGCUCCCAGGAUAAAUUAGGUCAAAUUGUUACCAUUCAGUUGAGCACAUCUACAGAACCAACAUGCAUAGAGCAGAUUAGUAGGACUGCAGUUCCAACUGACUGAAUAUUUAAAACUGACUUAGAGUCUCGUGUGUGAGCGAUAAUAUAUGGCAAUGUUAAAAUGAUCACUGAUCCUUGGAGGAAAAAGAUUAAUAGUUCCUCUAGCUUUGCCAAAUGCUCCUCAGUUUUAUUUAAAACCGCUAAAUUCUCUUAAAAGCUUCCAAGAAACUUUGUACUCCUGCCCUCUUAAAAGAUGACUGUACAACAUCAAGCCUGCAAAUAAGUGUCAUAAUAAUACAUCUGUUUACAACGGAAAGGUAUUUAUUUAUCUGCUUUAGAUCUAUUUGGCACUUUCACAAAAAUAGCAUUACUCAAAAUAUCCCCAACCCAAUUGCAUGAAAAUUAUUUAUGGCACCCUUGAUGAAACAUUAAGGCCAACCUGUCUAGAUGAAACGUCUGUUACAGACCAGACUUACGAUUUACCGUGGGGAGAGCGAAUGUCUUUCAAUAUCAAGACAUCUGCACAUGAUAAUAGAUUAAAUAAGGUCAACUAUAUUCAAGACAUUUUUGCUUUUGCUUUUCUAAAUGACGCUGUGUUAGCCAAAGAGGACGAUCUCUUUGAAAGGAUUACAUUAGAGAUAAAUCUAUUUUUAUACAUACAAAGGAACAAGACCUUGUGCUGAAUUUUUACAGAUUCUUAAGCUUGGAAAAAUUGGGACAUCGCAUGGCUUUAUUUUAAACCCUCUGAUCUUUGCAGAGCAAGGGGGAAUAAGCAUGCGGUGUAUGGGUGGGGAUUUAGGGAAGGGGCGAAGGAGCAUCGUAUCUCAUACAAACUUAACCGUUCAAGCAUAUCACAACAAUUGAAAUUAACUAACAAAAGUAAAUUAGAUGUAAAAAAAGCUAAAUUCAACACUUGAGUAUGUAACCUGACAGACACAUCUAUACUUCUGAGUGCUUAUACACACUCCUCUCUUGUCCUGAAGUUGUGUACAGUGUUGCUUCCACCAUGGUGCAGUGAAGUGAAGUUCUUUGACUUGAGAAUCCCAGACAAAGCUGCAGUGAGACCGGCUCAUCGCUCAGCUGAACAACCGAAUAGCUGCUUGCAAAUGAAAAAGGUAAAAUGCAGAUUCAAACAGUGAUACAGAUUCAUAUGAACACUGAGCAUGGCUCUUUAUGAUUAGAUAGAUUUGAUUUUUGCCAAAGAAUUGCUUUGCAAGUCAGUACCAAGAAGGAUAAAUUAAGACUAACUAUAUUAUUCCCUGAGUAAUUGCUGUACAAAUCUAUGUUAUUUAUUGAAUAAGGACCCUCUACAAUUUCCGUUAUCAUUACUUUUAAAUAUCUAAGUUGCACAUAUCAGUUUGCAUUAGUAAAUCCUAUAACCACUAAACCAAAUGCUAAAAUGAAACAGUCGCAAGCAAUCCCAUUUGCACAAAUUGUAUGCACACACACCGAAUGAUAGAAAAAAAACAUAUCAAAAUAUAAAUUACGAUGAAUCAGUUCGCCUCUAGACAAAGUACAAAUUUGAUGCAUUCUUAUAAUGUUUUCCCCCCCAUACUUUAUAUCAUCUGCUUUGUUUUGUGACUAAUUGAAUCCUUUAAAACCGUUAACUUUGCACCACUUACUCUGGCAUCUUUCGAUCUGUUUCCCCCCCCCGAAAUACUCUAAAUGAUUGUCGCUGACGUUUCCGGAGAUGACCACAAAAAUGGCUAAUCUAGCCACUUUGGGUCGAGCAAAUUGGAAGAAAUAUAGGACUGAGCACUUGGUCAGACCAGUGAUAGACGUUAGGAAAAACCUAGAUAACAGGCCACGUUGAACUGCAGCUGGAGUUGUUUACCCAGCCAUGUCCGAUGUAGUACAGUCAACCCACAAACCAAACCCACAGCCCCAAACGACCUUUCAUACACAGUCGAUACCAAGACCUACACCUGAUGUACAGUAGAGAGCCAAGGACCAUGGCAGGAAACAGUACUACACUGCUUGAGCAACAACAAUAUUCAUUUAAAAAGACAAAAAAACUUUCCUAUGGAACAGUAAGUGCAAUGUGCUUUGUUUUUAUAUUGACUGAGAUCAAAUGAUAUAUAUUUUUAAAAAAAGAAAUUAAACGUCACACUGAAAAGGUUUGCGGAAUAGUAAAAGUUCAGACAAAAACAUUAAAAUGAACGGACUCAUUAAGAAAAUAAAACAAGCAAUGAGAGGUCUGAUCUGUACAUUUCCAUAAUCACUUCCUUAGCCCCUAAUUUGUGCUCUGACCAUGAAAGCUCAAAGAAACUGCAUAUUUGGCUGACUCAAUAGAGCAAUUCAAUGACCUUGAAAGGAAUACUGUCUAAUAUAUCAUCAGUUUUUAGCCCAUGUCAAUUUCAAAUAUCAUUUCUUUCCUGUAACUUAUUGAUUUCAUUUACAUAUCAAGACUCACUUGUUGAAUUAGCGUAUUUGUGUUGUUGAUGUUGCCAUAUAGAACACACAUGGGUCAAAGAUUAUGUUUGGUUGCAUUGAUUGGGUACAGUUUGUUAUUUUUCUUCAUUAUUUAAUUAGUUGCAGUUUUACAGUGUAUGCCGAGUUUAGACUUAGUUAGAUUUUUUUAUUUCAAUCAAACUGUGUUCAAUUGUGUUUGUAAAAGUCUGUGGUAGCUUUUGUUGCAACAUAAAAUAAUUUAAACAGAAAAAAUUCAAAAUAGCGCCAACAAACUUGUAUUAUUUGGGCGACUUUAAGCUUGUAGUUUUAACUUAUUGUUAACUUAAAAACUAUUUAUUAUGAUUAUUAUUAUUAUUAUUGCCUCGUAUAAAGUAUGUUUUGUGUAUAUUUAUGGUUUAUUUCAUUAUAUUUGCAAGUUUAAAAGAUUUUAAGUUUGCCAAAAUUGUGGUUACACCAUUACGUUUCUUAAAAAGGGGGACAAAUAGAAAAACAGCUUUAGAAGUACGAUUUGGAAACGUUCUCCAUAGUCAAAGAAUGCACUGCUAUAUUUAACUAAUUGAAGUGUAUAAACAUACAUGCUGUGUGCUAGAUGUUAUGCCUUUACUGCCUGUGUUCUGUUUGUCUUGUUAAAUGAAAAUCUUUUAAUUAUUUAAUCUAAUCACAGUCUUGUUUUUUCAACCACUCUAUGAACCCCCGAGACAUGGGACAGUCCCUGUAGCGAGGUUUUGGAACAUUUGAUGGUCCAAAAACUAGCCAGGAACAAAAGGGAUGUCUUAGGUUUGAUAGCUCACAAGAUGCUUUCCUGUUUAUGCUGAUGGGUUGAUAAAAAAAAAAGAUAUUAAGGGUUUGUUUCUGUAACAGCAUUGUAAUACUGAGAUCAUCUGAAUUGAAACUAAGAUGUUCUUUAGCCCCGAGAUGCAUUUAAAAAACCCAGCAAAGACCUUCGGCAACAAUAUUACAGAGCUCAGAAAAGCUGCAGGAAGGUUUUCUUGGGUGUCUCUAGGGGAGUAAAGGGGUGAGUGGUCCUUCUGUUUCUCAACCAACUGUAUUUUGUGUCUAUUUAUUUAGAAGAGGGGACGCAGUAACUUAGUGAUGUUUUUCUUACAUUUUCCUGGAAUGGUAGAACAAAUCAAAAGGUGAAAAUGAUCAAAACAGUUCAAAAUCUCAUACUUCCAAACAUGACCAAAUGAACAAUGUCAAAAUUUAACAAAGAAAAAAAAAAUAAACCUUUCAGUUUAGUCUAGGAUAUUUAUUACUGGGAUUUCAGCUGAAGACGCUUGAAGACUUUUUCAUGGAAUUGUUUAAUUAUUUGUACUUUACAUGCCAGAAAAAAAUAAAAUAAAAGUUACAAAUAUUGA